GCGGGCGGGGGCGCCGCGCUCUCCUCCCGGCCGCGGAUCCCGGCACCCAGCGAGCGCGCGAGGCCGGCGCGGGGGCCGACGCGGCUUCUUCCUCGCCGCCCGCGGCGUCCCUGGGUUGGCGCGCGCCGCGAUGGCAGCGGCCGAGCGGGGCUGAGCCCGCCGCCCGCCCGCAGCCCCCGGUCCCCGCCGGCCCGAGCCAUGGCGAAGCAGUACGAUGUGCUGUUCCGCCUGCUGCUGAUCGGGGACUCCGGGGUGGGCAAGACCUGCCUGCUGUGCCGCUUCACCGACAACGAGUUCCACUCCUCGCACAUCUCCACCAUCGGUGUUGACUUUAAGAUGAAGACCAUAGAGGUGGAUGGCAUCAAAGUGCGAAUACAGAUUUGGGACACGGCGGGGCAGGAGAGGUAUCAGACCAUCACAAAGCAGUACUACCGACGGGCGCAGGGAAUAUUUUUAGUCUACGAUAUUAGCAGCGAGCGCUCUUACCAGCACAUCAUGAAGUGGGUCAGUGAUGUGGAUGAGUAUGCACCAGAAGGUGUCCAGAAGAUCCUCAUAGGGAAUAAAGCCGAUGAAGAGCAGAAACGGCAGGUGGGAAGAGAGCAAGGGCAGCAGCUGGCUAAGGAAUAUGGCAUGGACUUCUAUGAAACAAGUGCCUGCACCAACCUCAACAUUAAAGAGUCUUUCACGCGUCUGACAGAGCUGGUGCUGCAGGCCCAUAGGAAGGAGCUGGAUGGUCUCCGAACACGUGCCAGCAGCGAGCUGCCAUUGGCAGAGCUGGAGGAGGAUGUGGGCAAACCUGAGGGCCCAGAGAACUCUUCAAAAACCUGCUGGUGCUGAGGGUCCAGCGUGGUACACUCACACAAUCCCCUCCCCUCCGGAGGCCUGCAGGCAGACAGGGGGCCUGGGCUUUGCCCUGCUUCUCCUCUCAUGUGGGUGACCCAUGGAGUACCAGUAGCUGCUGCUCCCCCUGCUGAGCCCUGAGAGCAGCCAUCUCCGUGCAGCCUCUGCCCCAGCCCCUCCACCCUGGAGUGGCGUCCUCCAGCCCAUUUCCCCAGCUGCAGGCAUGCCAUGAGCCCCAAAUGUGCUUGCGAGCCUUGUCUCCCCACCCCGAGCUCCCCAGACAGUGGCCAAGCCUGGAGUCCAGACCACUUUAAGGUUCCUUUCUCAGUGCAUCUCGUCUCCUCUCUGCUUUUUCUCUCUCCUUCCCACUUCUCUUUCUCUGUCCUUCCCCUCUGGUGUGUUUUGUAUCAGAACCCCUCUCACCCCUUUCCCUCGUGUCCUGCUGUGUGGCUGCUGGUGCAGCUUCCUUCUUCCCUUUCUUCCAAAACCUGCCCAAGAGAGUGGACUCAUGGGGCUGUGCCGUAUCUGCUCCUGGGAGAACCCCAACCCCACUUUGGGGUGAGCCAAGGCUAUGGGGCACUUCUUCCCCCCACCCCCCACCCCAUCCAGUCUUGUGCCAUGGGCCUGCCUCACUGAUAAUCUGGGGAAGUGGAACUUCAAGGUAGGAAGGAGACACCACAAUGGUGGGCCUCGAGCCUGGGGCUCUGCUACCUCUCCCCAUCCACUCCCCCAGCUUUGGCUUUGCAUGGCUUCCUGCCCACCUGCCUCUUGGGGGAACUGAGCUUGGAGAAGAAACAACAAUACGAUGAGGGGUGGCAGGGAUAAGAAGUCACCUCUGUUCUCUACCUCCCAUGCAGCGUGUACAUGAUUUCUCCCCACCUGGGCUCCUGAAUUUAAAGAUGGGGACCAGGGCCUGAGGGCACUGCAGGGGCAACAUCAAGGUAGGAGAGCCCUGGGGCCAGUGAUACUGAAGCCAGCCACACCCCCAGGAAGGGGAGUGCUUGACAGUGAAGGACUGGCUCCUGUACAUCAGGUUAAGAGCACAGGACGGCAGGCCUGAGACUGCAGUUUGCAAACCAGCUGGGAGUAUGGCAGCAGCAGGGCUUCCUGGGCCCCAUCUUCCAUUUCAUGUGUAAGAAAGGCACGUCCCCACAGCCUCCUGGCAGACGAGAGGGACAUAACCACAUUGGCGGGCCUACAUUGAACCCACAAGGUUUUCCUGCAACCCAGAGUUUGUGGGAGUAGGGCAGGGACUUCGUAGGGAGAAGGAAAAUAGGCCCUGGGUAGAAAUGCUUGGUGCCCUUCUCUUCAGCAGUCAAGACAAAGUGCUCGUCUUGCCCCUCGAGCUCCUGAAUAGGAGGCUUGAGGAUUUGCCAACUGCACUGUGGCCACAGGUGGAGGGACACAGACUCCCUCCUCCUGAGCUCUUUGUUUAGAAAGAAGUUUCUUUAACCCCAUGUGGCCUAAGAGUAGCUUGACAGAGGCCCUUGAAAGAAGGAACAGGUCAGUUACCAGUCCUAGUAACCUUCCCCACUUCCCAUGGCAGAAGAAGCCUAGGGAGGAGGAUCAUUCCUAAGCUACAUACUCUGCACUGCAUGGCUGAGCCUGGGGCAAAAAUGAAGACCUGAACAUUCAACAUUCACUAAUUAAGGCCCAAAACUCAGGGCACACACAUGUGAAGGAUUAAAGGCCCCACUUCCUGACCCCUCCAAAAAAGGGGUGGGGAAGAAAUUAAACUAUCAGAUCAAGAGAGACCAUGAGAGGGUAGCUUGGGAUAUAGGAAGUGGGGAUAGGUUAGCAGAGAGGAGGAAAAGGAGGAGGGUAGAGAGCUGACUCCAGGAUAAAGUCCUAAGCAUGGCUGGGGAUGCUUCCUUAAGGACUGACUCCUUGAAUAUCAGGACAUGCAUCACCCUGGGGGGUGAGGAGGUCAAUGUGCCCUCAGCCAGGGGCUUCAGAAGGCAAAGUUAUAUUGGGUAUUGGGUCCAAAGUAUGGAUCACAAUUGCUACUUUACACCACUGUCUUUCUCUCCUAGCUUGCUCAGGACAGAGGGAUUAUAUUUUUACUGUACCCUAGGAAUUCUAGGAGGGAAAACAUGGGGUCUAGAUUCUAUGAACUGAUUAGCCCAAUCCACACAGGCCACAACUGGGGAGAGGCAUAGGAGCAGGUGGAGGGUUGUGGUUUUGGGGUCCAUCUCUGCUGACUAGGUAUCAGAGUCAGUCUCACCCCUAAACUUCCCCAGUCAGGAGGUGGCCUGGGAUCAGGCACUGGCCCAGACUGCCAAGCAGGCGCUCCUACCUGUUUACUCCUCACCACCUCUGCACCUGCUGUCUUGAGACUCAGCCCAGCCCCAGGUGCGCCACCUGCACCUGAGGCCCCCACCCCCAUCUCCCUGUGAAGGUGAACUUUGUGUACUGUGUCUCGGGUCCAGUAUAUGAAUUGUGAGCAGGGUUCAUCUAUUUUAAACACAAAUGUUUACAAAAUAAAGAAUAUUUCAAACCA